UGUUGUGUAAUUAGCUACUAAGUAUAUAGCUGCUUUCUCACUUAAUAAUUUCCGAUAACUAAAAAAUUAAAAAUACAAAGAAGAUUAGAUUAACCUUACUUUUAAUUAAUUUCACAAAUUCGUGUUUAUGCGGAUAUUUCAAUUUCGACUUUGUAUAUUUGGUGUAAAAAAUAAGUAAGGUAGUUUUGUAAACAGAGAAAAAAUGAAACGAUUAUCUGAAGAAAGAACUAAAAUAUUAUUUGAAAAACUAGCUAAAUUCAUUGGUCCUAAUAUUAAACUGUUAAUAGAACGACCCGAUGGUUUAUACUGCUUUAGAGAGCAGAAAGAUCGAGUUUAUUAUGUAUCAGAAAAGAUUUUAAAAUGGGCCAAUAAUAUACCAUCUGAUCAUUUAAUAUCUGUAGGAACUUGCUUUGGUAAAUUUACAAAAUCAAACAAAUUCAGAUUACAUGUAACAGCUCUGAAUUAUCUAGCACCUUAUGCCCAAAGUAAAAUUUGGUUAAAACCACCUGCAGAACAGCAAUUUUUGUAUGGGAAUCAUGUAUCAAAAACCGGUUUAGGCAGAAUAAGUGAAAACACUGAAAAAUACCAAGGUGUUGUUGUAUAUAGUAUGUCUGACUUACCAUUAGGAUUUGGUGCUGCUGCUAGGUCAACUGCAGAAUGCAAACAUGCUGAACCAUUAUCUACUGUUUGCUUCCACCAAGCAGAUAUUGGUGAAUAUAUUAGAUCAGAAGAAGAUUUAUUAUAAUUGUUGCUUGCUUUUUUUUAAUGAAAAAUAAAUAUAAUUAUAUCAAUGUUUUUUUUUAUCGUUUUGAAUAAUUUUGUCUUUGAG